AUGGAGUCCGAGCAGGGUUCGCAACCCCCGCGUGAGGAGCCCGUCAACUCCAUCGAGAAUGACGGGUCAAUCACCCCCGAACUAUGGAAAGUGAUGAUGAACUUGGUCAUGGCGAUCUAUGACUAUCGUGAAGAAGAUGGUCAUGACCCGUCCAGACUGUUUCACCGCAGUGUCAACAAGCGCUACGUCCCCGAUUACUAUGAGAUCAUCAAGGAGCCCAUGGCGCUGAGCAUUCUGAAAGCGCGCAUCAACAAGCGAGAGUACAAGCAGUUUUCCGAGUUCGUUCGCGAUUGCGCCUUGAUCCCGCACAAUGCGCAAACAUACAAUCGACCCCGAUCACAAGCAUACGAAGAUGCGCUCAUCAUCAGGGACGUGUUCGCCUCCGAGUUCAGAAAGCUGGCCGCGCAGGGUGCGAUUGCUGCUGACGAGGCAGAGCUUCCAGAUCUUGGAGAGAUCCCCGAGGCCGAUCCUUUGCCCGAUGAUGAUGAAGAAGAAGAGGAGGAUGAAGAAGACGAAGAUGACGACUCUGAAGAUGAGGGUCGGCGCAGAAAGAAGCCCGGACCUAAGCCUGGCUUCAAGCGUGGAAUGGCCCCAAAGAACGAGCCCGACCUUCGUCGGAAGAGAGGUCGCCCUCCCCGCGUGGAUACGCCCAUGGAAACACGCAUAAAGACCAUCCUGAAAGGAAUCCGAAAGUUCAAGGGUGCUGGUGGACAUAUGAAGAUCACCCACUUCGAACGACUUCCCGAUAAGUCAGCUUAUCCUGACUAUUACCAUGAGAUUAAGGAACCCAUCGCGAUUGACGGUAUCAAGCGCAAGUCCAAGCGCAAGAAGUACACCUCUGUCGAUCACUUCAUGCGCGAUCUCGAUCACAUGUUUGAGAACGCCAAGGCGUACAAUCAGUCUGAUAGUCAAAUCUACAAGGAUGCUGUUGAUCUGCAAAUCGAGUCGCGAAAGCUAGCCGACGCAGAGAAGAAGAAACCAGACAGCGAGUUCCUUAUGGAAGAUGGUCGUUUCCCACUGCCCGAUGGUAUUCUGCACCGCGGUGAGCUAUGGAAAGUCGGCGACUGGGUCCAUAUCCAGAAUCAAAACGAUGUGACCAAGCCAAUCGUUGCACAGAUUUACCGAACCUGGCAGGACUCGGAUGGUGAGAAGUGGAUUAAUGCAUGCUGGUACUAUCGACCUGAGCAAACAGUGCACCACUUUGAGAAGCACUUCUAUCCCAAUGAAGUGGUGAAGACUGGCCAAUACCGAGACCAUCGCAUUGAUGAGAUCGUGGAUCGCUGCUUCGUGAUGUUCUUCACACGUUACAGCCGUGGUCGCCCCAGAGACCUGGCACCUGAUAAGGAGAUCUAUGUGUGCGAGGCACGCUACAACGAGGAGAAACAUAAACUGAACAAGAUCAAGACGUGGGCCAGCUGCUUGCCAGAUGAAGUGCGAGAGAAAGACUACGAGAUGGACUUGUUUGAUGUGCCUCGCAAAAUUAAAAAGAUCCCGACUCCAAUUAAGGAUCUUCUCAAAGAAGAUUCCAAGGAGACUGACGAUCUUCCCCGACCAACGUGGGGAGCUGAUAACGCACCACCUGUCGUUGGCGCCGUGCACCGUCGGCCGCGAGAUGAGAACGAGUCCCCACCACCCGAACCAACACCAUCACCGCCUCCUCCUUCUCUCCCCCAGUCUGCGAUACCACGCCAGUCAAUGGGUCAACCACUCCCCAUCACUGCCAUGAGCCCUGGCUCAGCCGCUCUCCAGGCACGGUCACCUGCGGCUCCCAUCGCUAUUCAAACAUCUCCCGCCCCAUCUUCUACUUUCCAACCUCAAAUGAGCCAGGCCCAGCUCUACCAAGCGUCUCUGCAACGACGCGCGAGCAACUUUGCCACUCCACAGACUCCCGCAGGCAACUACCAGCCCAUGCCAGCCCAGCAAACCCCGUACACGGGCUACCCAGGCAACCGUAUGCAAGUACCUCCCGCAGCAUACAAUCCCAACGCCCCACGCCCCGUGGAAGUCUUCCAUCUCAGCGAUGUAGCCAACGCCUCUAUCCCCGAAGAUAUCCGCCGCCAGUUCCACUGCGAUGAUCAGGGCCGUGUGUUGUUCUUCUCCGCUCCACCGGUUGACUACAUCCCUCCACCACAGAAGCUCAGCCAUUCUCUCAAGUACCUUGCUGCCAAGGAGGGCCAUCAAGCGAAGGUUGCAGAGCGCAAACGUAAGCUCGAAGAGGAGAAGCAAGAGCGGGAAGCCGAGUCCAAGCGUCGCCGCGCUGAUGAAGAAUCUGCACUCGCACAGCGCAUCGAGGGACUCACUGGUCGGGCUGUGGAGACCCUUGUGAAGGGUGUUGUUGCGGGCACUUCGGAAUUGUUGGAGUCUCUUCGGGCUGGUCAGCACAGCGAUGCUACUGACGUUAAUCUCGCGCAUCAGCGUGGCAUCCUAGCCAACCGGGCCAAGGAACAGACUCAGCAGAUCCAGGAUCAGUCGAGAACUGAGGGAUUGGUUAAUUUGAAGGGCACUGCUGUUUACUUGGAUGAGGCUUAG